UCGGUCAUCCCUGAAGUUGAGGCACCUCUGGAUGAGACAUCGAAGGGUCAGUUGGUCAUCCCUGAAGUUGAGGCAACUCUGGACGAGCCAUUGAUGGAUCAGUCGGUCAUCCCUGAAGUUGAGGCACCUCUGGACGAUCCAUUGAUGGGUCAGUUGGUCAUCCCUGAAGUUGAGCCAUUGAUGGGUCAGUUGGUCAUCCCUGAAAUUCAGCCAUCAAUGGGUCAGUCGGUCAUCCCUGAAGUAGAGGCACCUCUGGACGAGCCAUCAAUGGGUCAGUCGGUCAUCCCUCAAGUUGAGGCACCUCUGGACAAGCCAUUGAUGGGUCAGUCGGUCAUCCCUCAAGUUGAGCCAUCGAUGGGUCAGUCGGUCAUCCCUGAAGUUGAGCCAUUGAUGGGUCAGUUGGUCAUCCCUGAAGUUGAUCCAUCGAUGGGUCAGUUGAUCAUCCUAGAUGUUCAGCCACUGGUCGAUAAGCCAUUGGUCAGGCAGUCAGUCAUCCCUCAAGUUGAGCCAUUGAUGGGUCAGUUGGUCAUCCUAGAUGUUCAGCCACCGGUGGACAAGCCAUUGGUCAGUCAGUCGGUCAUCCCCGAAGUUGAGCCAAAACGCUCUUUGAAAGGGAGGCGGACCUUUGAAAUUGGACGCCAUUUUAGAGGCGCUUCCCUUCGGACGGUGCCAAAAAACGUGCAGCGGAGCCCUGCUUCGCGGAGCACAGCAGACGAUAUGGAAAACGGCGUCAUGUGCAGCAGUUCGGUGCAACCGAAGAGAUUCAGGGUGGGGCGUGCCAAAGAGUCCGCCAUCUUGAGGGAGAUGUCUUCGCUAGCUUCGGACAGACUGUUUGAGCCUGCGAGAAAUGCUGCGCCGCUCUCAAAUCGCGCCGGGCCGGAGAAAUACGGAAACAAAAUGGUACCGAAAACAUUCUUUUCCACGGCGGCGAAGUUGCGCCCCCUUUGGAUUGACGCGAACAGCGGCGGCGUCUUCGAGAAGUUUACCUCGCCGUCCUGGAUUUACUUGCUAGAAUCGGCUGCCAUUUCCGUUUUCGGGAUCAGCAGGAAGACCAACUUCACUUUCGGGUCCAUCGCCGCCAUGGCGCCGUACAACACGAAAACCGUUUCCACGAAGUCGCCGUGGAGUGUUGCGUACGGUUCGACGUGGAGGGACAUGCGUGUGCGACCACCUUGCGAGUUUCCGUUCCACGUCGCGCCGCUUUGCGCCGAUCUGGACGCGGUGAAGGACGGAAGGUGCGCCAUCGCUCGCCACCACGCGUUGGGACUCCAGACCGUAAUGGCAUUGCUUUUCCCGGGCUGCUGGCGCCUCUUGGCGAGGAAACGGCGUCAACCGAAAAGAUUCGUGUCUGUCCGGAGACUCACCUUCCUCCGAUUUGACGGGGCUUCAAAGGACGCAGAUCCCUCGGUGCAAUUUUUCACAUCUUUGCAUUCGGCGUUCGACGCAGAUUUGCCGCUGUGGGACCGUCUCGACCCUCGUUCCAUGCCUCCUUCCGAAAUCUGCGCAGAUUCGGCGACUGUGACCGCAAAGCAACCGACGCCGCGGCGUGGUUUCGCACUCCAUAACAGGUGGGGAAUUCACUUUUGCGCCUCGUUGCCGACCUCCCCCUUGAUUCGCGAAUCGGCGCGGUCCCGCCUCCGACUUUCACCUCCUGAAUUUCCGCAGCGUCCGUCAGACAAACCGGACGCCGCCAUCCCCGCGUUCCCGGAGAGCGACGACACCCCGCGCCAAGAAGCUGAAUCGGAGGAGAAGAAGCCAAAGAGAGUCUCCCAGAUCCGGAUUCGAAAGACGGUACCGAAGCCGGACCCAAACCUCACCCCUAUGGGGCUCCCCAGGCCGAAAAGGUGCGCGGUCCGCCAUUUUGGCAUGGAAAUAGUAACUGAU